UGUUUUCCUACCAAAAUUUAACAUAUAUACAGAUGAUGAAAGGUUUGGUGGUGGAGGAAAAUAUGUCCAAUUUGACGUCUGCAUCGAGUGAAAUAAGUGGUUCUUCCGGAACCAGAUAUGACAACACUUCUGAUCUCUAUUAUGCUCAGUACUCUUCUGCUUCAAAUCAAGAACCACAACUCAAAAGGAAGAGAAGAGUUCCGGGCCACCCAGACCCUGGGGCAGAAGUGAUAGCCUUGACUCCACAGACCCUUUUGGCAACAAACCGGUUCUUUUGUGAUAUUUGUCAAAAAGGGUUUCAAAGAGAUCAAAAUCUACAGCUUCAUCGAAGAGGGCAUAAUUUGCCAUGGAAGUUAAAGAAAAGGAAUAUCAAAGAAGCAAGAAAAAAAGUAUAUGUGUGCCCAGAGCCAACAUGCCUUCACCAUGACCCAUUAAGGGCCCUCGGGGACCUCACUGGAAUCAAGAAACACUUUUUCAGGAAGCAUCAUGCAGAGAAGAAAUGGAAGUGUGAGAAGUGCUCCAAAUGUUAUGCAGUACACUCAGAUUGGAAAGCCCACUCCAAAAUUUGCGGCACCAGAGAAUAUAUAUGUGACUGUGGAACCGUUUUCUCUAGGAGGGAUUAUUUUAUUACUCACAGAGCCUCUUGUGAUGCCUUAACUCAAGAGAGUGGUAGGUUGAACCUUGAAGAUAACGCCAAAUUUCAUAGUCAUGUCCUUCAAGCACCAUCACUAAAAAGAGAACAAGAGUUUAACUUAGGUCUAUCAAGAACUCCAUCAUGGUUGGCUUCUCCAAUGGCUGAAGAAGUUGUCCAUGAUCAAACAAAUAGGGCCUUAGAUUUCUCCUCAUCACCAUUAUUCCCAACACAUGUCAACCAUGAAAACCCUAACCCUACAACUACUUUGCUUCGUUCUUUUCAUUCCAUUACUUCUUCUCCUCAAAUGUCAUCAGCCACUCCUUUGAUGCAAAAGGCUUCACAAAUAGGUGUAACAAUGAGCAAAAUUACACCUUCAGAAGCCUUGCUUAGACCCCACUUAUUAUUGCAAGAGAUUCACGUGCCUGAAUAUACAACAAGGUACAUGGCUUCAUCCUCAGCUUUUUAUGGAAUGGUUAUACCUUCACGUGAAGAAUAGGAAAUGGGUUUGUUCAUGACUUGGCAUCUUAAGAGAAUAAAAUUGCAAACACUUCCAAUUACUUGGAAGAUGGUGC